CUGAAAUGAUACAAAAUCGAUACCCUCGUGAAAUGAUAAAUAGAAAAAACUAUGCAGGCGAUCAAACAGUCGCCAAGGAGAACUCAGCAGUCGUUUGUUUCUGUUUAACGACAUCUCAGACAAGUUCGCGAUAUCUUCAUCUCUCACAUUUGAACUUCCCGAAGAACGACUCCUUCCACAGUCAUUAAAGUGCUUGUUAGACUACGUGCAACUAUUUUUAUCUUAAAAUUUCAAGUGCUAUUCGAUCCAAAAUGCGUGAGAUUGUUCAUAUUCAAGCCGGUCAAUGCGGCAAUCAAAUUGGCGCCAAGUCAUUCUUAAUCUAUAGUUUUUGGGAAGUAAUUUCGGAUGAACAUGGCAUUGACCCUACGGGCGCUUAUCACGGAGAUUCGGAUCUCCAGCUGGAGCGAAUUGAUGUCUAUUACAACGAAGUCUCCGGACUGAAAUAUGUGCCGCGUGCAAUCCUGGUGGAUCUCGAACCUGGUACAAUGGAUUCCGUACGGUCGGGGCCCUUCGGACAGCUGUUCCGACCGGACAACUUUGUGUUCGGACAGUCGGGGGCUGGCAACAAUUGGGCCAAAGGUCACUAUACGGAAGGUGGCGAAUUGGUCGAUUCGGUGCUGGACGUAGUGAGGAAGGAGGCGGAAAGUUGCGAUUGUCUACAGGGUUUCCAGUUAACUCAUUCGCUGGGGGGCGGUACUGGAUCCGGAAUGGGUACUUUGCUGCUCACAAAAAUCCGAGAGGAAUAUCCGGACAGAAUCAUGAGCACCUUCUCGGUGGUACCGUCUCCCAAGGUCUCCGAUACUGUUGUGGAACCUUACAAUGCCACCCUGUCGGUUCAUGAACUAGUGGAAAACACCGAUCAAACUUACUGCAUCGACAAUGAAGCACUCUAUGACAUUUGCUUCCGCACUUUGAAACUGACCACUCCUACGUACGGUGAUCUGAAUCAUCUUGUUUCCGCCACCAUGUCCGGCGUGACAACCUGUUUAAGGUUUCCCGGUCAACUAAAUGCCGAUCUAAGAAAGCUCGCAGUGAACAUGGUGCCGUUUCCCCGACUGCACUUUUUUAUGCCAGGUUUUGCGCCCCUCACAUCUCGAGGAAGUCAACAAUACCGAGCUCUCACUGUUCCAGAGCUCACGCAACAAAUGUUCGAUGCGAAGAACAUGAUGGCAGCCUGCGAUCCGCGCCACGGUCGUUAUCUCACCGUGGCAGCAAUCUUUCGCGGCAGGAUGUCGAUGAAGGAGGUGGAUGAGCAAAUGCUUAAUAUUCAGAACAAAAACAGUUCGUACUUUGUAGAGUGGAUACCAAACAACGUAAAGACAGCGGUAUGCGACAUUCCGCCCCGUGGUCUAAAGAUGUCCGCCACCUUCAUCGGUAAUUCCACGGCUAUUCAAGAGCUGUUCAAGAGGAUUGCCGAACAGUUCACCGCUAUGUUUAGAAGGAAGGCCUUUUUACAUUGGUACACUGGAGAGGGUAUGGAUGAGUUGGAGUUUAAUGAGGCGGAAUCCAAUAUGAAUGAUCUAGUAUCGGAGUAUCAACAGUAUCAGGAAGCGACUGCGGAGGAUGACGAAGAAGUAGAUGAGGAAGAAAUACGAAAAUAAAAAAAAGAGAAA